CGCCGACCCCCAAACACUUCCUCUCCACCCUGACGCCCGCUCUCGCUGGCACCCUCCACGACCUGGACAAACCGCUGUCUUGUCCUCGACUGCAUCAAAGAAGCAGGCAGUCCGCUUGCCUGCUCCUCACCAACUCGCAACAUUCCACAGACCGCAGGCCGACUUUUGCCUUCGUGAUAUAAUCAUUCGAUCACAGAGAGCCCUGGUGGAACCCCUUCGGCUCGGAGCUCGCCUCCGUCGACUUUGACGUCACUGCAAAGCUGCACGGCAAUCUGCACUCUUGACGCCCGCAUACGCGGUACUGAAAAGCCCCGAUACCCUGGGCUUCUCCCACCCAACAACACGCCAACUUGGCAUAGGCACAGGCACAGGCACAGGCACCCGCCGUUCACUACCCACAAUGUCGAAGCGCACAACAUUCACAAACAUAUCGCCGCUGCCCAGCAGCAUGACGCGGGAGCAGGCCCUGACUUUCCUCCACGACCACCUCGAGAUGAUCGACCUCAAUCCGCUCGUCAUUGAGCGCCACCGCAUCGACACUCCGGCCCACGCCCUCGACGGCGAGAAGCACUGCACGUGGUACAGCAUCACCGACAAGAUCGAGUACAUCCCAGGCGGUGCCGUCAAGAGCGACGUCACCUACACCUGCGCCUUCCACGACAUGCCCGACGGCCUCCAGACACACUGCUACGCACCCAUGGGCACAGACAUCCGCGACCGCUGGACCGUCGCGGGCACGCUCCCGGGCGAGCCUCCGCAGCCCGUCGAGCUGGGCCUAGACGCUCCAAAGACGGGCUUGUACCUCCGCGAGGACGUCGAGCUCAAGUGCAACUUUCUCAUGUCCUCCUUUGUGAAAAAGACCUUGUCAAAGUCGCAUGGCAAGCUCGUCGACACCAUGAUUGGCAGGGCCAAGAGCAUGCCGCCGUCAGCCUCCAACAGCACCACCAACACAGCAGCGUCGACGCCCUCGACACAGACGUCGCAGCUAUACUCUCAUCACACAAGCUCGUUGAGCAGUGGCAUCAACGGCAUUUACCGCCCGCCCACUUUAGGAAGCCAGCACCAGUCCCAGCAAUGGCCGGCUCCCGGAGCACCGGCUGCAUAUUCAGGGCAGGUCUUGGUAAAUCCUAGCCGGCCACAACAGCAGCAACCACAGCAUCCGUACCAGCAGGCGCCAGGCCUAGCCCCUGCGCCAUCGCACCACGAUAGACCAAGCUCGACACCUCCAUACAGCAACAGCUUGCAGGGCAACUACAACACGAGCAGCCAAUACGCCACAUACCCACAGCAUCAAAGCAACCCAGAUCUAAGCCCGUGGCCGGCCCCGCUGAAUUAUAACAAACCACUACCUGCGUCGCCCACAGGAGGCCCAGGGUAUCACCAUCCACCGGUGUCCGAGCUGGGCAACAACUACACCACGACGAGCAAUGGUUACGUGGCAGAGUUAGGCGGAGUUGGAGGAAGGUACCCGCACGCCCCGCACGCAGGCGUGCAGGAGAUGCCGACAGAGUACCACAGCGACUGGCAAGCCAAAGAGAAUGCGGCGCAUAGGCCGGCUGAGCUAGCAUGAAAUCAAAUUGGGCGAGUAUGACAAAAAAAAAAAAGGGCGGGUUGGU